AUGGGAGUUGACGAGGGGCUUGUCCUUGGGCUACCUCAAUACGGUGUUAUCAUUGACGUCGUCGUUGUCAUCUCUGUUUCUCACCGUCGCCCGCUCUGCCAUCUAACCACUGUUGUGCUGCGCUGUCACGAAGUAAUAAGGCUCGGACAACAACUUACCUCUGUACUGCCAGCAAUUUCUUUGAUAGUUUGGAUUAUCAUCACUCCACCCAUCGCAAGCAAGACAAGACAAGCCAGACGGAAUUCUACAACGCCGCCGCUAGAAUAA